GUGGCGGACUUCACUAAUGUCUGCCUCUGCCUGCUCUUAGAAAGGUGCGUGCAGGGUGCGUGUCCCUAGUGUCCGCUUCGGUUUCCCGGGUAAGAAUUCGCCUUUGACGCUUGUAAAAAUGUGUGGGAAGAAACAUUAGUGACAAAGGUGGUAUAAGUAGGUUCAUGAUCUGGCAUAGUUUUCGUCUGUAGUAUAUUGUCGUGCGAGUUUGGUUCUUACACGUUGAUUCAACCCGGCUAACUAGCUAAGUAGGAUAGCUUACUUGCUAACCCUGUCUAGUUAGUUAGCUUUAGGUGUUGGCUAAACAAGUCUAGCACGAGAUAAGCAGACUGAUUGUAGACAGUAAAACCAGUAUUUUGAGAGACUAGGAGUGGCAAGCAGGCCGGGGGUUGGGAGGAAAACGACGGGGGAGUCGUGAGCCAGGAGCGGCCGAUGAGUUCGGACCAGGGUGGAGAGCCGCGGCUGCUGCAGGAGGAGGGUGAUCCGGGACCGAAGACCUGUGUGGAGGACGACACACCACUUGGGAUCGGGGGAGGGUCAGGCGGCAUGGUCACCUCCAAGGGCGCCGGUCUGAACCCCAAUGCCAAGGUGUGGCAGGUGUCUGUGGCCCCCGCUGAGGUCCCUCCUGACGGAGCACAGUGGCCCCCGGCUGACGUCACUGAGGGUUAUUCCGAGUCUGUGUCCUCCCCCAGUUGUAAACCGUACAGUGUUGGUUUCACUAUCCUGGAGGACAGCAGCUCCUCGGCAGCAUCCGCAGCUGAGAUCACUGUGAACGGCAUGGAUCCCCCAGACCUGGGCUUCACCCCCACUGAGACCACUACCGGCACAUCAGGGGAGACCAAGCUGACAGAGGAAAGGCCCCUCUCAUCAGAGAACCUGAGAGACUCCCUCAAGAAAGAACUGGAGUUCUGCUUCUCAAGGGAGAACCUGUCCAAGGACCUGUACCUGAUGUCCCAGAUGGACAGUGACCAGUUUGUCCCCAUAUGGACCAUAGCCAGCAUGGAGAGCAUCAAGGCCCUCACUACUGACAUGGAGCUCAUCCUGGACAUACUCCGGUCCUCUCCAAUGGUACAAGUGGAUGAGAAAGGAGAGAAAGUGCGUCCUAAUCACAAACGCUGCAUCAUCAUCCUGAGGGAGGUUCCUGAGACAACACCCGUAGAGGAAGUGGAGUCUCUCUUUAAAAAUGACAACUGUCCAAAAGUGAUUAGUGUGGAGUUUGCGCACAACAACAACUGGUACAUCACAUUCCAAUCUGACACUGAUGCUCAACAGGCACACAGAUAUCUAAGAGAAGAGGUGAAAACAUUUCAGGGGAAACCUAUCAUGGCGAGGAUAAAAGCCAUCAACACAUUCUUUGCUAAGAAUGGCUACCGUAGCAUGGACAGCAGCAUGUACGCUGCCCAGACCCAGUCCCAGUACAACCCUAACCUGUACAUGCAGCACGUGUACAGCCCUCAGCAGCAGUACCCUCUCUACGGCAUCGUACCACAGACCUGGACACCCUCUCCUACACCCUACUUCGAGACUCCUCUGGCACCAUUUCCCAACAGUGGCUUUGUGAAUGGAUUCAGUUCUACUGGACACUACAAAACUGGCAACAACUCCCUUAAUAUGACUCGGCCCUAUAACAGAAACCGGGCACACGUGAAGCCCCAGGUGGGGAGACCAGGCGACGUGGCCCCUGUUCCCCUGGAGAGCUUGACUGGCCUGAGGAGUCCCCAGCCCCCCACCACUGGCCCUGGACCUCUGCAGACCCAGACACCUCCAGACCUGACCUCAGCCUUCCCCCACAUCUCCACCUCCUCGGACCUCAACGAUGACGGAAGCAUGGCUGGACGCGGAAGAAGGACUACAUACAGAGGCACAAGGAGGAGGAGAGAGGAUGAGCGGAUUACGAGGCCCAUACCCCUGGCUGAGGUAAAGGUGCCGGUCCCUAAGUUUGACCUGGCCGCUACUAACUUCCCCCCGCUGCCGGGCUGUGUGGCCAGUACACAGGGAGAGCCCCUACUGGAGAAUAGGAUGUCAGACGUGGUGCGAGGACUGAACAGAGACAAGACGCCGGAACAAGCAAACAAGGAAUCGAGCAAGGAAGUGGGUGCCGAACCAGUCCCAGCCCCGACCCCAGCCCCAGGACAUGAGGAGGCAGUGUGUGUCUCUAAUCUUGCUCAGCUUGCAGCCAAACCUGCUGCACUCCCCCACGGAACCCCCAUCCAUGCACCUGCCCCCAGUGUACCCCAUCAGGAGAAGAAGUGGGAGAAGGUGGAGAGGGUAGCAGAGCCCCCAGCCCCCAAAGUGACCCCACCCACACCUGCUCCCUGUGCGGCCAACCCAUCCGGACUCCCCUCCACACAGCCAGCUAUGCCUGGCCCCAAGCCUCAACCCAGCACAGUGUCCUCCACUCCAGCUACACCCAGCACACCAGCCACCAUCGCUACCCCUGCAUCAGUGGAGCCCCGUAAGCUUAGCUAUGCCGAGGUGUGCCAGCGAGCCCCCCCUCCGGCCCCCCCAGCCUCAGCCUCCCCUUCCACGCCAGCCCAGCCUCUGCGUGAGCUGCGCGUCAAUAAGGUAGAGGAGCCAGGCUCCAGCUCUACCACCAGCUCGGGCGACCGCCCCAGGGGAGACCGGCAGGACAAAGCCCAGGAUAGGGACGGUGGCUGGGAGUGCAAGGAGACCCGUCCCCGUGAUCGUGACCACCGUGACUCCCGGGAUGGAGGCUACUACCGCAGCAACGGGCCCUCCAGACAGGGAGGCUACGGGGGCCUCAAGUUCCGUGAACAGAGACGGGGCCCCCAACCAGCCUGCCGCAGCUCCCCCCAAGGUGGCCCCCGACACACUGGCAAAGAGCAGAACAUCCCCCCGGUAUCGCCAAAGUAAAACUUCCGAUAUGAAUAACGAAAACAAACAAAAGUAUGAAAUAUAUACAUGGAUAUAAAUAUAUAAAAAAUGAAAUGCAUAUAUCUUGAAUGAAAAGCAACAAUCUUAACGGUAGCCGCCUCCUCCUGUCUGCCUCCUGGAGCAUUGUCCCAAAGAAAGGAAAAAAAGCUUUGUGAAAUGACAAUGAAAUGAAAAUGGAAGCCUGGGGACAUCCAGGAGAAAGUAGGGCAAAAAAAGAAACUGCUUAAGAAGUGUGAACUUUCACAGUGAUUUUUAAAAAGGAAAAAGAUCUCAAUUAGGCCUCGUAAACAAAUGUAUUCACGGAAUUUAAAAUCAAUGAUUUUAAAAUCAAUGUGCUCUCUUUGGAGGCUGUUUCAUUUUCUUCUCUAACUGAGGGGAGGUGGGACAUUUGGGCCCUGUAUUAAGGCCCUCUACCAUUUUUGAUUUUAAAGAAUAGAUGUUGGUCUGCAAGAAACAUAUGCACUAAAGAAUAGAACAUACAUGCAUACAUGUCGUGUACACAUACAAAGAUAUCACUAACAACACAGUGACGACGAGACAUAUUAUUUUUUUCUUGUGAGCGUCGGUUUGGCACGGAUAAAUGGCUGUAGACAAGCUGGGUUGAUUAAUUAAGAUGUCUGUUAAUGCAUUGACUGCUGCUAAGCAAACAGAUUGGGACAGAGUGCUACAGUUCAGUUUGCUGUUGCACUGAAUUUCAUGAAACUAACAAGCGGCUCAUUGUGAUUCUAACAUUCUAGAAUCAGAAUCGAUGACCUGAAAUUAGGCCGUUAGAGAUGAUCCUCUGUUUGUUCAUUGAAAAUAAAAAAUAUAUAAUUUGAGGCUUGGUAAUUAUUGUCUCAACUAUGUUAUCUGUAAGGUCAACAAAAUGAUCAGAAACAAUCAAGCUACAGUUUUAUGUCGGUGGUUUUUGCCCAGAGCUGGAAGGCUCUUGUUUGCAGAAGGAAGGGUGAAUUAUUAUAAUAUUUUUUUAAAAGUUGAAAUCAAUUCUGGGUAGGAGCAGCGCAACGCGCGGUCCGACUCGCAGAUCGCAGUCUCCUGGUCCAAUGCUGUUUAUUUGAAGUUGUUUCAUCUAUUUUUAUCUUUAUUUCCUGAUUUGUCUGGAUUUCCCGUCUUCUAACGGAUUCAGAUCAUACAUACUGAUAAUCAGUCAGGCUCUCUGUUUACAACUUACUAUUCACAAUGGGAUUGUAGCUUAGUUAGGCUAUUUUUAUGGAAACCUAGGGAAUAGAUAUGUUGAUGUAGACUGGGUGCCAGUCUGUUUCGUCUCUUGCCCUAACUCCUUAUGUAAUUGUCAUGUUUGGCUUAACAAUGACAGCAAUGGUGUUGGCAAGGGCACGAACAGAUCUGAGACCAGGCUAAGGUCGAUGCAGUCAAACCUGACUGUCUGUGCUUAGGUUGAUGAGUUGACCGGAAUGGUCUUGGCAAGAUCUUGUUGGUUUCUCCACAUCAAUGCAGGAUAUUCAGGUUUAGCAACACAUUCUGUGUAUUGUAAAUAUAAAUAAAUGAUGGUAUAGCAAUAUCAUUCAGAAGUAGGCUGAAUGCUGUUAGCUGAGAGUGAUUUAGCUAGCUUAUAUAAUACAUUUGGCAGCGAAGUAAAGGGGUUAAACGAUAUCAGACCAUUUCUAUGUGCUAUGUGCCAGCUGCCUACGAUCCUAGUUGACUUGGUAGGGUAAAAGCUUUGGUUGUGUCCCAAAUGGCACCCUAUUACCUAUAAAGGGCACUACUUUUGACCAGGGCCCUGAUCAAAUGUAGUGCAUUAUAUAGGGAACAAGGUGCCAUUUGCGACGCACAAGAGUUGAAUCGUUCGGCAAGGUUUGCUAGGUAAUGUAGUCCUUUGGGGAAACUUUGUCCCAGUUAAACUGAACAUUAGAACUGUAGAGGUGUAGUUGCCUAUGCUAUAUCAUAUUAUUAACCCUUCACUAGAGGUGUGUGUGGGAGAAUGUAUUUGUUCUAGUGCUGAACUUCCAGAGAAGGGGAGGCUGGCAUUUAUCCACCACUGCAGAUUUUGUGCUUUUUAGGGUGAGUUUGCUGUUUUCAAAUUUGAUAAAAACGAAGACCGAAAUUUGACUUGGGUAUUUGCAGUUUGGACUUACUGGACAACGUUAUUUGCUUUUUACAUUUUAUUUAUUUUAAUCCUACUGUGCAACGCUUUUCCCAAUCUUGGUAGGCUGGUUUCCCCAAAGUUGUGUGUGAAAUCGCAUUGGCAAAGAAUCACGCAUUUGACAUUGUUUGAGAUUUCAACUGAGAGAAAUACUUGAUGCAUUGACUUGGGGUUUAGUAAUGUAGUUAUAAAUGAUUUAAACAAUCACCGAGGCUUUUUUUUUCUCCAUUUCAUGAGUUUUGAGCAGCUAGUGAUCUAGUGUAAUGAAAUAAAUCCACUUGUUUAAAAAAAAAAAAAAAAAAAGUCUUACUGUUUAAGUAAUGUGAAAUCAUUUUAGAAGCAUAUGGUAAUGACAUUGAGGUAGACAGGCUUGUGAAAAUCUACAGGAAUUGCUUUUUUCUCAUGCUUGGCAUUUUUUUAUUUUUGGUUUGGGGUGGCAACAAGGAAAUAUGGCAAUGGAUCAAUUAAGUGUUUGAGACACUAAAUUCUAAAACUGUAUGAAAUGUCACAAAAAAUAAAUUAUUUUGAUUUGG